AUGUCAUUUUCAGCACAUAUGUCAAAUACCGGAUCUAGAAUGAAUUAUCAAAACCCACUUGAUACCUCCACAUCAAAAGCUCGUACACCAUCACCUGGCCGAGAUUAUACAUCCCUUCUAAAUGAAUCCCCUACAAAUAAAUUCUAUCCAGAACUAAUUUCAGACGAAGAAUAUAAUGGAAAAUACGCUCGCAUUACAACAAAUAAAGACACUGAAGUAAAACGCACGCUUAAAUCUCUUGAAGCUGAAAUCCAAGAAAUGGAAAAAGAGCUUAAUAAAGUGAGGGCAGAAAGGAAUUAUUUUAGUGCUCAAUUAGAAAUCUUGAAAAAAGAAAAAGAGAUGCACAUUGAGAAUCAUGCAAAAGAAAAAUUUGCAUGGGAAAAAGAAAUUAGGGAUCUUCAGAAUAGAAUGAAUCAUGAAAGAAAGCAGCUUAAAGAAGAAAGUUUUGCAGUUACGAAGCAGCUGCAAGAAAUGCAGCAGGCUUAUAAAGAGUUGAAGCAGAAAAAUGAGAAUCAAAUAGAGUCAUUUAAAAAAAAAAUCGAAGAAAAUGAACAAACUUAUAUUCAAUCGUUAAGAAAAAAAGAAAGCCAGAUAUUUUCAUUAAAAUUGCAAAUGGAUGGCAAUAGGGUUGCAUCAAAAACAAUUGCAAGUCCAAAACAUGAACUUAGGGCUAAGCAUGCAUCUCCAAAAGAGAAAAAAAGAAAAUCUCUUAAAAGAAGCCUAAGGAUGCCUUCUCCAAAGACCUCUCGUGAAAGCAAUAAAAAUUCACAGUUAGAUGAAAUAAGCCAUAUGAUUGUCACACUAGAAAAAGAGGAAGCUGAAUUAAAACAAAAAAUCAAGGAAUUAGAAUUGAGUGGGACUUAUGAAAGAGAUAAGAAAAAAAUUGCGGAUUUAAUAAAAAGAAAUGAUGAAAGGUUGAGCGAAGCUAAAGCUAUACAAGAAGAAAUGGUUAGAGAGAGAUUUUUUAAUGGUGGGAUGACCUUUAGAUAA